AUGGAUGCCCCUUCAACCCCAGCCAGCCAGGUUCUUGACGAAACCGACCCUUCAAAGCAAGAAGAAUUCUCCCCUGAAGAUGACCGUCUCUUUCUCUCUCUAGAAAACUACUGCUGGGAGGAUGAUCCGGAGUUCCAGUCCGGCCUUACCCAAAUUCUAUCUACGACUACAGACCCAGUACAAGUCCGACAUCUCACCCGACAGGCCAAAUGCUUCUUCUACUCCCGCAAAAUCUCCCGUCCUAUCUCCUUCCCUAUCUACAGCGCUUGGCUGGACCGUGAGGAGAACUCAGCGCCCAGAUGCCGCUCUCCAUCUUGUGAAGUUGGCCCACCGCUCGACCCCACACCGAUAGAGUCAGGGAGUAAGAGUAACCCCAGUAUCCCAUCCGAUACUCCAACAGAUAGUACUGCAGGGGACCCAAACGGAGAUGAUAAAACACCAUAUCCAACUUCUUUUGCACAGAUUGUGGAAUUGAUCACAUCCGGCAAGCCAAUUCCUGGUAUCAGGGAAAUCCCAAACACCCUCAACGCUGCUCCGCCGACUCAGAAUAGUGCACAGCAGAGAAGGAAACCAUGGGAGGUCGUAGCCACCCCAGAAGGUGGUGUUGAUAGCUUACCUAGCCCUGCACCCACCCCUGAGUCGUAG